UAUACACAAAGAGAGUCGAAGAGAUACACGUUCCAUCUCUUGUGGGAUUAUUGCCAGCGAUGGGCAGAGAGAGAAAGGAGCAACAGCGGAUGGUGUUUAUUCAUUUCCACGGUUAAAAACGCGCAGAGCAUCGCAACGGGAAACCGGCUCUUUAAUCAUAGCAUCAGCCUGAAUGAAAUUUAACAAACGUUAGUUGCUCAAUAGUUAUAGCGGGAACAGGGAGCAGAUCAAACAAAUUAAGAGGCACAACCAUGACGACCGAGACCUCCAAGCAACAUUUGGAUCCAUCUAAUCCUCGCUCCAGUCCAGCGGUAGCUGCUUUGAAUGCCGCACAGCCAGUGAUGGAGAGCGCGCACACGGCGUCACCUAAAUGGAAAAAGGGAAACUCCGGCUUGAGGCGUCCGGAAAAGCCCCCCUACUCGUACAUCGCCCUCAUUGUCAUGGCAAUUCAAAGCUCUCCGACCAAAAGGCUAACGUUGAGUGAAAUCUAUCAGUUCCUGCAGGCUCGCUUUUCUUUCUUCAGGGGAGCAUACCAGGGAUGGAAGAACUCCGUCAGACACAACCUGUCUCUGAACGAGUGUUUUAUAAAGCUGCCCAAGGGUCUCGGAAGACCUGGCAAAGGGCACUACUGGACCAUUGACCCCAGUAGUGAGUUCAUGUUCGAGGAGGGCUCCUUCCGUCGCAGACCACGGGGGUUCCGUAGGAAAUGCCAAGCUAUGAAGCCGAUGUACCGGAUGAUGAACGGUGUCGGGUUUGGCGCGACCAUGCUGCAGCAGAACUUUGAUUUCCAACCACCUUCAGGCUCAAUAGGGUGCCACAACAGCUACAACAUGGACCUGAUGGGCAAUACAGUGGCAGCUGGCUUCGAGGGCCUCGGAGGAGGACAUCACGCCUCACACAUGUCAUCAGGCUCCGGCUCAGCGCACAUGGCCGCAUGUCAGGUGGCCUCUAACGCGGACUAUUGCCCGGACAGCAGCAGCAGCCCCCUGCAGUCCUCCCCAGCGAUGGUUGGCACGUUGGACUGUCAGUCUCCUUAUGCAAAUGCGGCCUCGCACUGGAGUUCUCCUGGUGUGUCUUCAUACAUCAAGCAGCAGUCGCUGGCAACAGGCAGUCCCACGUCUUCUGCGCUGCACGCGGGGAUGCCCUCGUACUCUCUGGACCAAGGCUAUCUGCACCACAACGCACGAGAUUCCUCAGAGAUCUCAGCGGGUCUGUCUCGAUACUCCGGCCACUCAGCUCCGGCGUGCGACCGGAAGGACUUCGUGUUGAACCUCUCCUCCCUCCACCCCAGCACCAGCGGAUCGUACUACCACCAGCUCCAUCACCACCACCAGAACGCCUAUCAAGACGUGAAGCCAUGUGUCAUGUGACAUCAGAACCAAAACAGAACUGCCUGGAACUUUUCUGCUCAAUGUGACCCUCGGAAGGAGUUAUUUCAACAGAUUGGUUGGUGACUUUUGGUGAAAAUGGCGAUUGUAUAUGACCUUCGAGUCAAUGCCAGUAAACUUUGGCGUUUUAAAAAUUAGUUUUAUAGCCUAAAGGUGAUGAAGAGGACUUUCACUCUGGUAACUGACUUCAUAAGCGAUAUCAACAGUUUAACUGAAAACCAAAAUACGUAUAUUACCUAAAUUAAUAUUCAUGCACUUAAUGUUGUGUUCCUGAAGUUGCUGAGCUUGUUGCUGAUUUCUUGCAGCAGGCCAUUGAAGAGAUUUAUUUUUUAAGCAUAAUUUGGAAGUGUUUUGAGCAAUAAAGUUUUUUUUAUACAAAGCAUUUUUUCUUUAUCUGCAGUUUGCAGUUCUUCCCGUGUACAUUAUUAG